AUGUUCCUGCCCAACACCCUAUACACCCCCACGGCCCUGAACGCGGCCAUGGCUGCCUCCGUUCAGAAGGAGCAGUCCCUGCAGCGGUCUGCGGCCCCCCAGGACAAUCUGCUUGCCCGCAGCGUGUCCGGCUUCGUGGCACAUGCCCCCACGGAGAAGAAGAUCGCCCUCUACUCCCGGGACUACUACCUGGCCUGCGGCGUGGGCGGCAUCCUGGCCUGCGGCCUCACGCACACUGCGGUCACCCCCCUGGACGUGGUGAAGUGCAACAUGCAGACCGCCCCCACCAAGUACACGGGCAUCUUCCAGGGCUUCCGCACCAUCGUCACCGAGCAGGGCGCCCGCGGCCUGUUCAAGGGCUGGGUUCCCACCGCCCUCGGCUACUCCGCGCAGGGCGCCUGCAAGUUCGGCUUCUACGAGUUCUUCAAGAAGUACUACUCCGACCUGGCCGGCCCCGAGUACGCGGCGCGCUACCAGAACCUGAUCUACGUGGCGGGCUCCGCCUCGGCCGAGUUCAUCGCCGACAUCGCGCUGUGCCCCUUUGAGGCCGUCAAGGUCAAGGUGCAGACCGUGCCCGGCUGGGCGCGCGGCUUCGGCGACGGCCUGCCUAAGUUCGUGGCCGAGGGCGGCGUGGGCGGGCUGUGGAAGGGCGUGGUCCCCCUCUGGGGCAGGCAGAUCCCCUACACCAUCAUGAAGUUCGCGGCCUUCGAGAAUGUGGUCCAGGGCCUGUACAAGUACGUGGUGCCCAAGCCGCGCGAGGAGUGCACCAAGGGCGAGCAGCUGGGCGUGUCUUUUGCCGCAGGCUACAUCGCGGGCGUGCUCUGCGCCGUGGUGUCCCACCCCGCCGACAACCUGGUGUCCAAGCUGAACUCCACCAAGGGCGUGUCUGUCGGCGAGAUCGUGUCGGAGAUGGGCUGGAUGAACCUGUUCACCCGCGGGCUGCCCCUCCGUAUCGUCAUGAUCGGCACGCUGACCGGGCUGCAGUGGGGCAUCUACGACGCCUUCAAGGUGUUUGUGGGCCUGCCCACCACCGGCGCCAAGGUGGAGCCCGUGGAGGAGAAGUGA